UACAUUCCUAGAAAUUCUUGGAAGAACAGAACAGGAGGAUAAGAAGACAAAAGCCAUGGAACCUGCAGAACCUAAAACGCUUGGAAGCUCUCUUAUAGUGCCUAGCGUGCAGGAGCUAGCAAAAGAACCAUUGACAGAUCUCCCGCCUCGAUAUUUGCGACCUGAUAUAGGUUCUCCAAUCAUAUCUAGCAUCCAGGUUCCAGUGAUUGACAUGUCAAAGUUAUUUUCUCAAGAAUUCAUGGAUAUUGAGCUCGAUAAGUUCCACCAUGCAUGCAAAGACUGGGGUUUCUUCCAGCUGAUAAAUCAUGGAGUGAGCAGUUCAUUAGUGGAAAAAUUGAAGGUGGAAAUUCAAGAGUUCUUCAAUCUCCCAAUGGAUGAGAAGAAAAAAUAUUGGCAAGUACCAGGAGAAAUGGAAGGAUUUGGACAGGCUUUUGUUGUGUCUGAGGAGCAAAAGCUUGAUUGGGGAGAUAUAUUCUACAUGGUCACUCUCCCACCUAAUAUGAGGAAACCUCAUUUGUUCCCAAAGCUCCCUCUCCCAUUCAGAGAAACUUUGGAAGCUUAUUCAGCAGAAACAAAAAAUCUUUCCAUGAAAAUCCUCUACUUCAUGGCACAAGCUCUGGGAAUGAAACCUGAAGAAAUAAAAGAACUAUUUGAAGAAGGAUUGCAGCAAAUGAGAAUGAAUUACUAUCCUCCAUGCCCACAACCAGAGCUAGCUAUGGGUCUCAACUCACACUCUGAUCCAAAUGGCCUUACGGUCCUCCUUCAGGUUAAUGAAGUGGAAGGGUUACAGAUAAAGAAAGAUGGCAAGUGGGUUUCUGUUAAACCUCUCCCAAAAGCAUUUAUCAUCAAUAUUGGUGAUAUGGUAGAGAUUUUUACUAACGGAAUCUACAGAAGUAUUGAGCAUAGAGCAGCUGUAAACUCAGUUAAAGAGAGAAUUUCCAUUGCUACUUUUUAUAGUGCUAAGCUAGAUGGAGAAAUGGGUCCAGCACCAAGCCUUGUUACCCAAGAGAGGCCUGCUUUAUUUAGGAAAUUUGGUGUUGAAGAUUACAUGAAGGGAUUUUUUUCAAAAGAACUCGUCGGAAAAUCAUUCAUUGAUGAAACGAGAAUUCAAAAUGAAGAAGCUAAAAACAACUGAUAGAUUGAUGCCUAUUUUAGUUUAAUAAUAACCAAAUCAUAUUGAAAAACAAUAAAUAAAUUAUGUUAUUCUGCGUUUUUCCUCUUUCUUUUUCCUUUCUUUCUCAAUUGAAGUAUCUUGUUCUGUUCAGUAUAAGAAAUGUGAGGUUAUCUGAUUCCUCAUCAGCAGUUUCACAAUACAUAUAGUGAAAAAAAAAUAAAUGGAUUAUGUUAUUAUGUGCUGUUUCA